UGUGCACUCAAGAUUCAAGCGCGGCUCACUUUGCGGCGCAGUGGAUUCAAACGCUCCAGGAACUGUCUUCAGUGAUAUGUGAACAUGAAGGCGACUGCAGAGGCCAAACCAAGUAGUACGACUUGUGGAUUUAAAUAGAAGUAAUCCUGUAUGUCCUGCAGACACGGUUCCUUUGUCUUGUGAGCAAGAUCAAGUGCUGACAUUGAGGAGCGAUGGCCUCCCCCAUCUUUGUCUGCUUCACCCUGGUGGUUCUGCUGUCGGCUGAGGCGCCUUUGUGCCGGGCAGGGGACUGCAGAGGCCACAGGCGAGUGUUGAGGGGACCGCCAGGCUACGUCACAGAUGGCCCAGGAUACUACCCUGUCAAUGGGAACUGCGAGUGGCUUAUCGAAGCUCCAGGCAACCGCAUCGUCUUAAAUUUCACCUUCAUGGACACAGAGUGUGCCUACGACUACCUGUUCGUCUAUGAUGGAGACUCCUACCAGAGCCCUCUCCUUGCCAGUCUGAGUGGCAACACUCUGCCUCAACCUGUUGAAGCCAAGUCCGGCAAGAUGCUGCUUCAUCUCUUCAGUGAUGCUAAUUACAACCUGCGAGGCUUCAAUGCAACCUACACCUUCUCUUUGUGCCCUGGAGCCUGUGGCGGUCAUGGCCGCUGUGACUCCUCUACAUUAAAGUGUGACUGCGAUCAGGGUUGGGGUGGGCCAGCUUGUACAACCUCUCUGUGCUCCCAGGCUUGUUCUGUGAAUGGCCAGUGUGACACGAAAGGAGAGCGCUGUCUGUGUAACCCAGGCUUCCUGGGUCACAGCUGCCAGCUUGGUUUCCAUAGCGACAGUGGUGCAGGGCAGUGGUGGCGUGUGAGCGGUGAAAACCCGUACACGCCUCCCAGGACGGCUUCUGCUGGCGUAUACCUGUCCUCCACUGGAGCCAUGUACUUGUUUGGCGGGUUUGACCUGAACAGAGCUCUUGGUGACUUGAUCAUAUAUAACUUCACAUCCAACCAAUGGGAAAGCAGGUCUCAUGGUCACUCUCCUGUGGCUCGUCAUUCCCACACAGCUGUGGAGUGGAUGGGUAAUAUGGUGAUCUUUGGAGGAGAACUAGCCAAUGGCUCCCUGGCCAGUGACGUCUGGAUGUAUCGGCCACUCCACGACGACUGGCAGCAGCUUGGCUUUUCAAAUUCACAGAGUGCUCCUAAACUGGCCAAUCACGCUGCAGCUGUAGUAGAUAGUUAUCUCUAUGUAUUUGGAGGUCGCACUGAGGAGGAUCUCUUUUCAUCUUCUCUGUACCGGUUUGGCCUGAAUAGCUCUGGAGGGUGGGAGACUGUUCAGCCCACUGCUGGAAAGCCCCCGGCCACUGCUGGCCACUCCAUGGUGUUCUACAGCCCAUCCAGGACCCUGCUGGUCUACGGAGGCCACAGGCCUACCACUACCAGGUUUAGUACGAAAGUGAACAACAUCGACGUGUUCCACGUGGACUGGCGGUUUUGGACUUCGCUCAGUUCCCCAGGAACAGGCCCCAGACAGAGAGCUUUCCACUCAGCCACUGUCAUUGGAAACUACAUGGUGGUGUACGGGGGGACUGUACUUGGUCACCAACAGGGGAAGUGCUACGACGAGGAGAUCUUCUUUUACCAUCUCAGCUGUUACCAAUGGGUCUCUGCGGGGGAGAGAUGGUCACCUAAUGGGGACGCUGUGUGGGGGCGUUACUCCCAUGUUGCUGCUGCGAUGGAGAGACAAGUGCUGCUGGUUGCUGGGGGUUACAGUGGGGUUGCCCGUGGAGACCUGGUGGCUUACAAAGUUCCCUUGUUCGUCAGUAGAAAUCAAGGUGACAGGGACACUCUUUGUGCUGAGGCGCUAAAUGAAACCAUGUGCAUGAAGAACCUGGACUGCAGCUGGUGUGAAGGCCGCUGUCGAGAGUACAAGUACACUCAUCCGUGUGGCAGUAAUAGUUGCCUGGGCCUGGUUCGCCUCCUGCCUGAUUGCCAGUCCUGUCUGAUGUUCAGUGACACCCCAGCUUUUGGGGGCCCUGGGAAAUUUGUCUGGUGUGUUCACAAAGCGUCCUGCCUACCAGUGUCAGAACAAAGUGCAUGCCGUUUAGACCGGAUCUCAGGGGCCUACGGUUGGUGGGCGGAGCGCAGACUUUUAACGUCACACCACUCCUGUCGCACAGAGGACUAUGCACCUGGUCUGCACCUGCUCACCUUCCAGAACCCCCGCAACAACUCCCAGCCUGACAAGGUUUUCAUCCUCCGCAGCGCCACCAUUGACCUUAGCCAUGCUGUAGAAAUGGAUGUAACCCUACAGUUGAGGGGCUUCAUCCACCCGUUGUUUGGGGGCCCUCAGCCUGCACCCGCUCCCACUGAGACUGUCUCCAUGUGGGCUCGCAUUCAGAGGAUCCACUUUGAGGCUCGAAUGGCAUCGGGGCCCAACUCCAGCCAGCUGGAGGUGCUGGGUCGUUGGCCAGCCCAGCAGGAGGAGGAGUUGAAGCUGCUGGCUCGCAAAGAUGGGAGUAGACUGUUCUCUAACCUGACAAGGGGCAACCGUUACCUUGUUGAGGCUGAGGGCUACCUUAACAACUCCAACCCAGGGCAGACCAGUGAGAUGGCCCUCAUAUGGAACAGAACAUUGCCUGGAGGAAGUGAGAUCCCGUUCCUGUUCUUGGAGCCUUACUGCUCAGGUGUCUGCUCAGGGUACACGUCCUGUCUGGCCUGUCUGUCCGACCAGUCUUGUGGCUGGUGCCCAUCUUUGUCUCGCUGCCUGCUGCGGGACAGCCCAGAUCUCGAGUCCUGCCCUGAGGGAGACAAGAGGGAAAGCCAGAUAGAAGGUCAGCGCCAUCUGCUGUUGGGACCCCAGCACUGCCUCCUGUGUGAGGAGCACAGAGACUGCUCUGCUUGUACUCGGGACCCUUAUUGUGAGUGGCAGAUAAACUCCAGCAAGAAAGACUACCAGUGCGGUCGACGGGGAAGACUAGAUGAUUCCAUACGCGACCCAAGGGCGUGUCCUAAAGUCUGCAACCAGAGAAAGACAUGUGGUGAGUGCCUGUCUAACUCCAGCCAGUGUGCAUGGUGUGAGUCGGCGCAAACCUGCUUCUAUUUUACCGCCUACCUCACAAAAUACCCCCAUGGAGAGUGCAGGGAGUGGUACGACAGUGUUUAUUCAGCUCCCCAGUGUAAGCGAUGUUCAGCUUUAAACACGUGCACAGACUGUCUGCGGACCUUCCAGUGUGGCUGGUGUGGCAACAAUCCCACUACUGGAAAAUGUUUGAGGGGAGACUGGGCGGGAAUCGAUGACCCCUUGGUGUAUAACUGCAGUGUGGCUGUGGCUGAAGCACGGGCUGCAAAUCCUGAGCCCCAGACCCCGGCCCCGCCUCGGCCCCUGGAUAUGGAGAACCACUUGUAUGUAGAAGAGCAAGAUGCCGUCUGGGCCUACUCCACCUGCCCUGAUGUAGAUGAAUGCAGGCUGGGUCUCCACAACUGCCACCCGUUCGCCAUCUGCAUCAACACUCCCUCCUCCUACGAGUGCCGCUGUCAGAGAGGAUACAUCGGGGACGGCACGCUGCACUGCAACCAGACCUGCUACAAUGAGUGUGGUGUGGGCCAGUGUAGUGGCAGCCCCCGGUUUGAGUGUGAAUGUUCCCUCGGCUGGACGUCAGACACUCUGGUUCUCAGUGGUGUUGAAUGUGACGUGGACUGUGGCUGUAACUUCCACUCCACCUGUAUCGCUGCCCCAGGGAUCUGUGACGAAUGCCAGGAUUGGACCUCGGGGCCCCACUGUGAGCUCUGCCGUCCAGGUAGCUUCGGUUCAGCCCUGGCUGGUGGCGGCGGCUGUGUGCCAUGUGAGUGUAACGGCCAUGGCGACCCUCUGCAAGGAUACUGUCACAUCCAGACAGGCCACUGCUACUGCACCCACAACACUCAGGGGCCACACUGUGAGUCCUGCCUGCCUGGUUACUAUGGAGACCCCAGGAACGGGGCCACAUGCUACCGCCAGUGCCAGGGCCGUUCUUUGCUGCUCUCCUCCAACUCCUCCUCUGCCUUCCCCCUCUCCUCUUCUCUGGGAUGGCGAAGUGGCACCGAGGGGGAAGGAGAAGUUUAUCAUUGCUUGUGGAUCCUGUCUGUGACGGGGAACCUGGCUCCUUGUCUGCCCAGACAGCAGUGUCCCCCUGUAGUCCUCACCCUAAACCCAGACUCCCACAUACAUUGUCAAAGCUCCUUUGUCUAUGUGUUUGAUGGCCUUCCUCGUUUCCUGGGCGAGGGAGCUGUACGCUCAGAUCACAACCUGCUUGGAGCGUUUUGUGGCACCACAAGGACUCAGCCUGUCACUGUGGAGGCCACCUCAGGUGUGAUCUCCGUCUACUUUGAGGCCAACGUCUCCUCAAACAAACCUCAAAGCUUCAGUGCCUCUUUCUGGGUGCGGCGGUGUCACCAGAGCUCUGACGAGGGUGAAGGGGGGUCACCUGUGUGUCCAGGUGGAGCCCAGUGCCAAGGGGGGCUCUGUCAGUGCCCUCAGGGAUAUGGUGGACCUUACUGCGACCGCCACAUGUGUCCUCGGGAUUGUGGAGUAGCAGAAGGAAGAGGAGCUUGUAAUCUAUCUCUGGGAGUGUGCGUGUGCUCAGACAGCUGGGCCGGCUCAGACUGCUCGGUUCCUCGGGACUCCAACAGCCUGGUCUGGGACACACUGCUGGACUCACAGCUGACGGCGAACCAGGACCACAGGUUCCUCCACAGGAUGGGCCACACUCUGGUGUCCGGACCACAGGGCCACCUCUGGAUGUAUGGGGGGCUCUCUCUGUCAGAGGGUAUUCUGGGAAAUGUCUACAGAUAUUCUGUGUCAGAGCGCCGUUGGACCGAAAUGUCGACGAGCUCUGCGGAAGAAGGCUCGGCUCCCGGCCCUCGCUAUCACCACGCCUCUGCACUGCUUACCCGUCGUGGUUCUGGCUCUGGAGCCAGCGGAGCCAGUCACAGCUUCGUGUUGGUGGUGGGUGGUGUCACUCAAAACGGCGUUGCCAUGGAUACCUGGAGUCUCAAUCUCAGCAGUUUAGUCUGGAGGGAACACAAGAGCCCAGCGCUGCCCCCGGUGGCGGGCCACACUCUAACAGCACGCCGAGAUUCGUCUGUGCUGCUGAUUGGAGGUUACUCUUCAGAAAAUGGCUUCAACCACCGUCUGCUGGAGUUCAGCCCUCGUUUUGGAAACUGGACCAUUGCCUCGCACACCGGCACCCCCCCUACAGGUUUAUAUGGCCACUCAGCAGUCUACCAUGAGCCGACUGAUGCCAUCUAUGUGUUUGGAGGCUACCGCUUCCACGUGGACACUGUGGAGCCCUCAGGCGAGCUCUACAGUCUGUACUAUCCCAACCUCACCUGGUCUGUGCUGGUCCCCUCACAGGGUAACAAGCCCCUGUCCCGCUUCUUCCACGCUGCAGCGCUGAUCAAAGACACCAUGGUCGUUGUCGGGGGAAGGACAGAAGCAGAAGACUACAGUAACUCUGUGUCUCUGUACCAGGUCAACUGUAACACCUGGAUACAGCCAGUCUCGGCUGUAGGAGAUCCAGUAAAUGGUUCAGUGUCUCUCGCCGUGACGAGCUGGGGCGGCCGUGUCUUCCUCUCAGGAGGCUUCAAUGGCGUCACGCUGGGCAGACUCCUGAGCCUGUCUGUGCCCUCUGACCCCUGUGCCCUGCUGCCUACAGCAGAGGCCUGCAACACCACUACGGGCAGCUGCGUCUGGUGCAGGGGAACCUGUGCUUCUCCUGACGCUGCUGAGAGAGCGGGCUGCUCGACUGGCCAGUCUCCUUGUUCGCCGGCACCUCGCCAGGCAGACGAGUGCCACAGACUGAAGACCUGCAGCGAAUGCCUCGCACGACACCCUAAAACAUUUUCCAGUCCAUCACAGCAUGCUCUACAGUGUAAGUGGUGCGCAAACUGUGCAGUGGGGACCUGUAUCAACAGCUCUGUUAGCUGUGCAUCUGAACAGGACUGUCGGAUCAAACAGAGAGAGAUCUUCCUGUCCAGCAACUGCACUGAGACCAGCUGUGUGGCCUCUGACUGCCCCAAGUGUACUGCUUCUGCAAAAUGCAUGUGGUCACGCCAGUUCAAACGCACAGGUGAGACCUGGCGCAUCCUGAGUGUGAACCCCAUCUACGACUGGACGUGUUUCAGCUACGCCCUGCUCACCCGUGUCUCACCCAUGUCGGUGGAGUCUUCUCCUCCUCUGCCGUGCCCUCCACCCUGCCACAGUCUCCGCGAAUGCAGGCUUUGUUUGAGCUCCAGAGGCUCUGAUGGGGGCUGGCAGCUCUGUGUGUGGAGCUUGGCUCUGCAGCAGUGCAUGAGCCCGUCUUUGGUGCCCCUGCGAUGUGAGGCGGGUCAGUGUGGCCGCCUGCUCUCCGGGGGGGGCUCUUGCUCUCCGCAGUGCUCCCAGCUCACCCAGUGCUCCCAGUGCAUUGCCAGGCCUCAGUGUGGUUGGUGUUCUACUCGAGGGGGCAAUGGGGCUGGACGCUGCCUGCAAGGAGGACUCGAUGGUGUGAGUGAGGGCGUUUGCCCCCUGAGAAACAGCAGCUGGUCCUUCCUCUACUGUCCACCUGAGGACGAGUGCUCUAAUGGUCAUCACCGCUGCAACAGCAGCCAGGACUGCCACGACCACUGCACCUGCAAACAGGGUUACACACUCAGCAGUGUUUCUGGUCAGUGUGAACCAGUGUGCGCACGAGGCUGCGUGAACGGCAUGUGCACGUCUCCGGGAGUUUGCCAGUGUCAGCUUGGAUUGGUGGGGGGGAACUGUUCCACUCAGUGCAGCUGCAACAAACACAGCACCUGCGCCGGUGUUAACGAACCAGAUGUUUGCCUCGAGUGCCACAAUAACACCAUAGGUAAGCACUGUGAGAAGUGUAAGCCUCUGUAUGUGGGCUCCGCCAAGGGGGGCGGCAAUUGUCGUCCAUGUCAGGAGUUCUGCAGUGGAAACAGUGCUGUGUGUUUAUCCCGAAACAAUCUUCAGAAGGCCCUUAAGAACCCACAGCUCUUCCCCCUGGACCUCAACAGCAUUCACACCUGGGUGUCGGCGGGUUCCACAGAAGAGAACGCUGUGUGUGUGAAUUGCCAGAACAACAGCGUGGGGAACAAGUGCGAGCGCUGCAUCAGUGGCUACUUCCUGCUGCACGGGAAGUGUGAAAAGUGUCAGUGUAAUGGCCAUUCAGCCACGUGUGAAGACGACGGCUCGGGUUGCACCUGCCAAAACAACACAGAGACAGGCUCCUGUCUCACCAGGCCUCGGACAGAAUGCCUCUUGCAGUGUGCCCAGUGCAAGGACUAUUUCAUUGGCAAGCCGGUGAACGGGCGUCAGUGCUACCGCCAGUUCAGCGUGGACGCGGAUCCAUUCUGCUUUGACCCCACGUCCCAGACCAACUGCUUCCAUGAUCCCACCGUUCGCAACCUGCCAAAGGGGCGCACUGUGUUUUUUGCUGCCCAGCCAAUGUUCACCAAUGUGGACAUUCGGGUCAUCAUUGAUGUUGCCUUCGGUGAGGUGGAGGUGUAUAUGUCCGACUCUCAUGACACCUUUAUUGUGGAUGUGGACCAGUACACAGGGAUUCACACCAUCAAGCUCGAGGUGGAAUCAGGGACUCCUUGGAUGCGGGAGAGAGAGAUCAGGGAGGAGCGGGCUGAAGGACCCGUCAGCUACAUCACUGUGUGGAAACCGCAGACGGUUCUGAUUGUCCGUGAGGUUCGACAUCGUGUGGUCGUCACCUUCCCCCAUGAGGUGCACUCCCUGAAAUCCAAUCGCUUCUACGUCGCUUUGAGAGGCGUGGGAACUGAAAGGAGACACGGAGAGUCCCAGGGCCUGCUGUUCCUGCAGCAGGGCCGUGAUAGGAGGUCCAGAUGCGUGAAACUCCAUGAGAAGACAACUGGACCACUGGGCGAGGCCAUGAAUUCUACAUUAGCAGACUUAUGUGACAAGUAUGAGUCCUCGUGUUCCUGCGAGAUGUGGUCGGUCACACGAGUAUGGCUCCAUUUCCAAGUCUGCAUUAUAACUUACGUACUAAUGUCUUAGUCAAAAACAGAUGUUUGUGGCUGGCUUGGCUUGAAGUAAAUGUUUUAUAUGUUGUUUCUGUACUUUUGGCUUUUGGGUGCAUCAAUAAAAAUCUAUACAAAUCUUUUUUUUGUGUAUGUGUAGUAAGUGUGCCAUGUAUUGUUCAAAUGCAAACAAAUUUAGAUUAAGUCUGCUGGAUCCACAAUUUUCAUUGUCUGGAAAAUGAAUUUUUAAAUGCCUGCUGACUCUUGGGGGGAUGGCGUAAUUAUAAACCAAUAAAUGUUUCAAUGUAUUUCAAUAAAUGGAGAACUCAUUUAUUUACAUAUUUACAUACACAAAGUUGUGGUGGUGAUGGGGCACGUUAAAUCAUGUUAAUUCCUGUUUGUAGUUUACGUUCUAUAUGUAUUUGUUGUUUUUGUAACU